UAGGUCUAUUAUCCCCAUUUUACAGCUGAGAAAACAGGUUCAGAGAGGCUAAGUGAACUGCCCAAGGUCACACAGCCUAUGUCCAGCAAGGAUGGCAUUUGAACUCAAAACCUGCUCCAGCAGCCAGGGCUGGAAAUCAAAUGACACUGAGGAGGGGUGCCCGGGUGGCUCAGUGGGUUAAGGGCCUGCCUUCGGCUCGGGUCAUGGUCCAGGGGCCCUGGGAUCGAGCCCUGCAAGGAGCUCCCUGCUCAGCAGGGAGUCUGCUUCUCCCUCUCCCUCUCUCCCUGCUCAUUCUCUCUCUCUCAAAUAAAAUCUUUUUAAAAAUGUACUACAAAUGACACUGAAGAGAUAGAGGUGGGGUUGGCAGGGAGUUGGCAGUCUUGCUCUAACAGGGGCUCUGAGUUCCCAUUCGGGCUUGGCCUCUGUUUUACUGGGAGAUCUGGCUGAGACCUUGUCCCUGUCUGGGCCUCAGUGUGCCUCUGUGGACUUGAUACCCCUGGGGGUCCCUUCCAGGUGACUGAUGCAGAAAUCGAGGUGGCUGUGAACGCUCCUGGCCCUUCCUGCAGGAUGCUCCCUGACUCUCCUUGCCAGCUGGGGGCCAAAGGGCAGGGCCACCCACAGGGUAAUGGUUAACUAGACCCGACACCCAUCUAUUAGGAGUGACCCCAGCCUGCCAAGACUCCACAGGAUGCAGUGGGUGAAGGUGCUUGGGGGGGCGGUGGGGGCCGCUGCCCUCUUGGGGCUGGGGAUCAUCCUGGGCCACUUUGCCAUGCCCAAAGAGGCCGAUGUCCCAGCCCCCAGCAUCUCCCAGGACCUGGAUCUGGAGAUCCUUGAGACCGUCAUGCAACAUCUGGAUGCCAGCAGGAUCCGGGAGAACCUCAGAGAACUCUCCAAGGAGCCUCACCUGGCCUCCAGCCCCCGAGAUGAGGCCCUUGUGCAGGUCCUGCUGCAGCGCUGGAAGGACCCGGAGUCGGGCCUGGACUCGGCUGAGGCCCCCGCCUACCAAGUGCUGCUGUCCUUCCCCGGCCAGGAGCGGCCCAACCUCGUGACCGUCGUGAGUCCCACCGGGAGGGUCCUCUUUUCCUGCCGCCAGAGUGAACAGAACCUGACUGGGGAGCAGGCGGGGCCCGACGUGGUACCACCAUAUACGGCCUACGCUCCCCCGGGGACCCCCCAGGGCCUCCUCGUCUAUGCCAACAGGGGAACGGAAGAAGACUUUACGAAUCUACAGACUCAGGGCAUCAAACUGGAAGGCACCAUUGCACUGACCCGCUACGGGGGUGCAGGCCGCGGGGCCAAGGCUGUGAACGCUGCCAAGUACGGGGUCGCUGGGGUGUUGGUAUACGCGGACCCCGCAGACAUCAACGACGGGCUGAGCUCCGCCAAUGCGACCUUCCCAAACUCCUGGCACUUGCCUCCGUCCGGGGUGGAGCGAGGCUCCUACUUUGAGUAUUUUGGGGAUCCCCUGACUCCCUACCUUCCAGCCAAUCCCUCUUCUUUCCUCCUGGACCCUGAUGCUGCCCCUGGAUUUCCUCCAAUUCCCACUCAACCCAUUGGCUUCGAUGAUGCAAAAAUCCUUCUCUGUAACCUCCAGGGAACUGUGGCCCCGGCUGCCUGGCAGGGAGCACUGGGUUGUGACUACAGGUUGGGGCCUGGCUUCCGGUCUGAUGGUGACUUCCCAGCAGACAGCCAGGUGAACGUGAGUGUCCACAACCGCCUGGAGCUGCGGAACUCCUCCAACGUCCUGGGGAUCAUCCGCGGCGCCGUGGAGCCGGACCGCUAUGUGCUGUACGGAAACCACCGGGACAGCUGGGUACACGGGGCCGUGGACCCCAGCAGUGGCACGGCCGUCCUCCUGGAGCUCUCCCGAGUCCUGGGGACCCUGCUGAAGAAGGGCACCUGGCGUCCCCGCAGAUCAAUAGUGUUUGCAAGCUGGGGGGCAGAGGAGUUUGGGCUCAUUGGCUCCACAGAAUUCACCGAGGAAUUCUUCAGCAAGCUGCAGGAGCGCACCGUGGCCUACAUCAACGUGGACAUCUCGGUGUUUGCCAAUGCCACUUUGAGGGCGCAGGGGACGCCCCCGGUCCAGAGCGUCAUCUUCGCUGCCACUAAACAGAUCCCCGCACCAAGCCCUGUUGGCCUCAGCAUCUACGACAACUGGAUCCGGUAUUCCAAUCGUAGCAGCCCAGCCUACGGCCUGGUCCCCAGUCUGGGCUCUCUGGGUGCCGGCAGCGACUAUGCACCGUUCGUUCACUUCCUGGGCAUCUCCUCCAUGGACAUUGCCUACACCUAUGACCGGAGCAAGACCUCAGCCAGGAUCUACCCCACCUACCACACGGCCUUCGACCCCUUUGGUUACGUGGACAAAUUUGCGGACCCUGGCUUCGGCAGCCACCAGGCCAUGGCCCGGACAGCGGGGAGCGUGCUUCUUAGGCUCAGUGACAGCCUCUUUCUUCCGCUGAAUGUCAGGGACUGUGGAGAGCCCCUCCGAAGCUUUCUGCAGGCUGCCCAGCAGAACCUGGGGGCCCGGUUAGAGCAGCACAGCAUCAGCCUGGGGCCUCUGGUGACUGCAGUGGAGAAGUUUGAGGGGGCAGCUGCGGCCUUGGACCAACACGUAUCAGCGCUGCAGAAGGGCACCCCUGACCCCCUGCAGGUCCGGAUGCUCAACGACCAGCUGAUGCUCUUGGAACGGACCUUCCGAAACCCGCGAGCCUUCCCAGAGGAACAACGCUACUACAGCCACGUGCUCUGGGCACCCCGCACUGGCUCCGUAGCCACAUUCCCCGGCCUGGCCAAUGCCUGCUCCAGGGCCAUGAACACAGGCCUUGGAUCCGCAGCCUGGGCUGAAGUGCAGAGGCAGCUCAGCAUCUUGGUGGUGGCCCUGGAGGGCGCAGCAGCCACCCUAAGGCCUGUGGCUGACCUCUGACCCCAGCUCCCCACCGUCCUUCAACCUAUCCCACUCCAAUUUUUCUUGGGUGUGUCCCAGUCUUCCUUGAUGCCAACCUGAGGCACAAUCAUGGGACCCUAUUAAGCUUCUGAGACAACAGCUUAGGGUCCCACCAGUUGUGGACACCUGAGGGGAGGGAAGCCUUCCUCAUUCUGGCUCUUGGUUGGCAAAGGGUGAAGAACAGGAGACAGGAAUGGUGGGGAGUGGUGCUCUUGGUGUGAGUGGGUAAGGAUGGGAUGCAUAAUGCCAACGAGAGCUACCCCUCAGGGACCAGCAGGGAAACUGAGGCCCAGGAUGGAUAGUCUGGGUUCUUCUCCCCGUACACCCCUAUCGUGUCCCUCAACUCCUCCCUGCUCUCCCCCAAAUAAACCAAGCAUAGUUAUUAUCCCUACAAAACUUUUUAUUGUGUAGGAAUUACAAAAAAGAAACCUGAGUGCUUAGAUCCAGUCCUGGGCUCUGGGAGAGUGCACGCCUUCUCCUCAUGCCGGGGACGUGGGUCUGUCCACACCCUCAUCUUCCUCCUCAGCCAUGACCACCUCCUCCAGGGUGCGCCCUGCAAGUUUGCUCCCCACCAACACUUUGCAGGUCCCCGCAGGUGGCAGCCCUUCCUCAGUGUAGCGACCCCUGAGAAA